UCUCACUCAUUUCAAACAUCUGGUCCAAAAGCUUCUUCUCUCUGCUUUCAAACUCUUGAAAUCUCACUCUCUUUUGCCUUCCAAAGUCUUGAGAAAUUUCACUAGACCCAUAUGAAAGUUUCUCAUGUAUGGUGCUGAUAAGUUAAGCAUGUCCACUACUUACAAUUCUACCUUUCUUCUCCUCUUCUUCCUUGUUUUCAUCUCUCCACUAGUCUCAUCUUCUCUUCAACCUGUCCAGCCUCCUAAUUCUCCUCAAGUGGCUUUAGUCGAAAAUAAAGCAAGACUUGGUUCUACACCACCGAGCUGCCACAACAGCUGCAACGGCUGCCAUCCUUGUAUGCCUGCUCAAGUCCCUACUCUCCCGAGUCGCUCCCGGUUCAGCCGAGUUGACCCGUUUUCCGGUGGAUUCGUACGGCCUCCUUCCUCUCUAACCACUGUCCUAGAUCAGUACUCUAACUACAAGCCCAUGGGAUGGAAAUGCCACUGCAAUGGUCAUUUUUACAACCCUUGAAACUUAUCAUCCUCUGGUUAGAUCUCUCUUUUAUUUUUUAGUUUAAAUUUGAUUUUUGUAUUAGUGAGAGUACUAGAGGUGUUCUUUGCAUUCUUUGUAUAUGUAAACGGCUCAAGUUUGUAAAUAAUCAAAAAGUCUUUUUAUGAUAAUUGCAUUUGUUGCAGAGAUAGAGAUAGGGAUGUAAUGUAAUGUAACUACUUACUUGCGUCAUUCAUUUUUCUUUCGUCACUUUUUUUUUUACUUUGAUUUUUGUUCAGUUCAGUUAAUAUAUAAAGC